GGCGCCCGACGGGAAUGUAUCGUAAGAAAAGUGAAGGACGCGGACACAGUCUGUGUCUGUAACUCAACAUAUUGUGAUGACUUCCCGGCUCUCAAGCGCCCAAAGAGUGGUUUCCUAACGAGCAAUAAAGCCGGCGAAAGGUUUAAGGAAACGGAACUCCAGUUCGGCUCAACCAUCGACUCAACGGCCGACCAAACGGUUGUCGUGACUAUCGAUAAGACACAGAAAUAUCAGACAAUCUUUGGAUUUGGCGGCGCUUUCACUGACACCACCGGACAGAUGCUGAAGACAGUCAACCCUUUGUUGGCUGAUCUGCUGAUUGAUAGCUACUUCUCGGACAAUGGCAUCGAGUACUCAAUGGCCAGAAUACCCAUCGCUGGCACAGACUUCUCACCCUACUCUUACGAUGACGUCGACGGGGAUCUGGAGCUCAAACACUUUGCUCUUCAGAUGGAGGACUUGGAGUGGAAAAUCCCAUACAUUCAAAGAGCGCUGAAAGUAAGUCCGCAUAAAAUAAAGCUCUUCGGCAGCCCCUGGAGUCCCCCCUCUUGGAUGAAGACUAACUAUAUGUUCAAUCAUGGGGGGGAAUUGAGGGGUACUGUUGGGGGCGAGUACUACCAGUCGUGGGCCAACUAUUUCGUCAAAUUUCUAGACGCAUACAAAUCGCAUGACAUAAACCUAUGGGGGGUUACCGUCGAGAACGAGCCAACUCAAGGGACCAAAUCAAAAGGCUUCAACUGUCUGAACCUAACCGGCCCUAUGGAACGGGAUUUCGUGAAACUCAAUUUGGGUCCGACCCUCGCGAAGGCCGGGUAUGGCAAAGACAAACUCAAUCUAAUGGUAUUCGACGAGAAUCUCAACGUCUUCGAGAAUUUCGUACCGACAGUAUUAGAGGACAGGGAGGCAGCGAAAUACGUGUCGGGCAUUGCCUUUCACUGGUACGUUGGAUAUCCGGACGGAUUCCCAACGGAAAUACAGGAGAACUACACCGAUAUGUUUCUAUUAAGCACUGAGGCCUGUCAUAUAGAGGGACCCGAUUUAGGGGUGUGGAGUGCCGGCGAACAAUAUGCCAACGAUAUCAUUAAGACUCUGAAUAAUUACGUGAGGGGUUGGGUGGAUUGGAACAUGGUUCUGGACAUGAGUGGUGGACCAAGGUGGAACGAUAAGAAGGGAUACGGGGGUGCCAUCAACAUAGACCCGACAAAGGAGGAGGCCUACAAACAGCCCUCGUUUUACGCGAUCGGACACUUCAGCAAAUUUAUUCCCCCGGCAUCGGUACGAAUCGGACACACAGUCGACAAAUCGGUGCCGAGUUUUACGGUCCUUACAGUC